GAAAAAGCGAUGCCGAUACAUACAUCAGACCAGACCAGAGUGUAGACCGUAGACAAAGAGGAGAUUGGAGAAGGCUAAAAACAGCUCCACCUGGUUAGAGUUUUGCCGCAACUGUUCUAAAAUGGAGCUCUAUACCUCUCGCGCCAUCUUAAAUCUUCCUCCUCACAAAUUCUACAGGUCCAGCGCCUCGCUUCUUCUUUCGACGACAACAUCUCUACCACUGAAGAAAACCAUAAUCUCUUACAAGAAGCCAGGUUUGCAUUAUUUUGCUACCCCAUUGCUCAGAGCUACAGCAUCUGAAGAGGCUCCAACUAGCGUGAAUGAGCAGCUCAAAGAAGCACCUGAUGGAGUAACAAUUGUGGAAGAAACCCCACCAGUCCUAGCAAAUGAACAGAAUGCACCCAAUGAAGCAGCUAUGGGUGAACAGCUACAACCUUUGGAAUUUCUAGAUAAGCUUGACAUAAAGCUAGAUUUGGAAGAUACGUACUCGAUCCUUCUGUAUGGAGGUAGUGCUCUGGUGGCCGUGUGGUUAGCAUCAGCUAUUGUUGGUGCCAUUGAUUCCAUUCCUCUGUUCCCAAAGGUGAUGGAAGUUGUGGGUCUGGCCUACACAAUCUGGUUUACAACCCGCUAUUUGAUCUUUAAGAAAAGUAGGGACGAAUUGGCAGCUAAAAUUAAAGAUGUUAAGCAGCAGGUUCUUGGUCCAACAGAUGAUUGAUUGAUAUGUAUUGAGAUCAUUUCUAUGUAUUGUUUUGAUUGCUGUUGCUGCAUCAAGCAAACUGUGUACAGUUUUAGUGGAGGAGAUCGUGCGUGAUCAUUUCAUGGUGACUUGUGAUUCAUAAUUAUCUUCUUAUGGGGAUAGUAUUUUGUUGAGGGUGAUCUGGUCUUAUUUACCACCUUCCCCAGCUGGGAAUUGAGAGCUUCAUGCAUUCCAGUUGCUGAUUAGUAACAAUGCAAUCGAUUUUGUACUUCUAUGAUAGCCAAACAAUUCUCACUUUGUUCAUUGUGGGCAUCCAAGCGAGAAAUAUCUGGAUUCUGGAGAGAUCGUUGAGUUCAA